AUGUCUUGGGACCUCGACUUAUUAGAUGCUCGUCGAUUUUUGCUGCUUACUGUAUCAGCGCCCGGUUUGGCGUAUAUUUGCCUUGGAGGAUUUAUUGUCUUGUUCUCUGUGAUAUCGCUCCUGCUGAAGGAAAAGCUCUACAUCAACGAAGUGGUACUUGGGACGGCGUUUGGAAUACUCAUGGGGCCCCUUGUAGCGAACAUAUUCGACCCUCGCUCCUGGGGAACCGCUUCGAACACGAUCACCCUGGAAGUAACGAGAGUGGUCUUGGCCAUCGGGCUGUUCGCUAUUGGCAUCGAACUACCCAAGUCCUACUUGGCCAAACACGUUAUCGGACUCUCGGUCUUGGUCGUCCCUACUAUGGCAUUUGGAUGGCUUGCCGUUGCAGGCAUAAUGAAUGUUAUAUUCCCGCACCUUGACUUCAUUUCUUGUCUCGUCAUAGCGGCAUGCCUUACUCCCACAGAUCCUGUCAUUUGUGCGUCAAUCGUCGGAGGGAAAUAUGCUAUGGAGCACGUCCCCAAAGAGCUUCGGCAUAUAUUGGCCGCGGAAUCUGCAGCAAAUGACGGGCUGGCCUACCCUUUCCUCAGCAUCUCUAUAUACCUCACCGUUGAAGUUUCUCGCGGAGUUGCAUUCGGAAAGUGGUUUGCAGUGGGCUGGCUAUACCAAGUCAUCUUGGGUACGGUGAUAGGGGCUACCAUGGGGUUGGGUUUCUCCCGCCUCAUACAAUACACACACAAGAAGGGCUACGUUGACAGGCAGUCGUAUGUGGCGCAGUAUCUGGCCUUCGCGAUAUUCACAAUUGGGGUCGUCCGCACCAUUGGGAGCGACGACCUCCUUGCUGCCUUUGCUGCUGGGAGCGCCAUGUCAUGGGACGGUCAUUUCCACAAACAAGUCAAAGACGAUGUAUUUUCUUCUGUGUUCGACUUUGUUCUCAACUGCGCUUGCUUCAUCUACAUCGGCGCUUGGAUCCCCUUUCAUGCAUUCAAUUCUGCCCAUUUGUUCGUCUCGCCUUGGCAACUCGUCGUGCUAGUGAUCGUCAUUUUAUGUCUGCGAAGGAUCCCCUUCGUCCUUCUUCUUCAUUUCUGGGUCCCGGAAAUCGAGACUUGGCAGGAAGCCUUGUUCUGUGGGCAUUUCGAUGGGGGUAGGGGCGAUCUUCAUAUCAACUUUGGCCCUGACCCGGCUCCCUGA